AGCCGGCGAGGCUGAGACGCGCAGGCGCAGUGGCCAGUCGGUGGCUCGGGGGCCGCAGUCACUGGCGUCGGGGUCUAUCAUCCGUUUGUGUCACAGUGUACGUCGGUGCGGGAGACAUCCGGAGACGGGACAGUGAAUGAACGUUUCUUUCCAGGUACCUCUUAGUCCAAGUCUAGUGCAAUCAUGGUCCAGAAAUAUCAGUCACCCGUCAGGGUUUACAAGCACCCUUUUGAGCUGGUCAUGGCUGCUUAUGAAAAAAGAUUCCCAACAUGUCCACUCAUCCCAAUGUUUGUUGGUAGUGAUCUCGUUAGUGAAUACAAAAGUGAAGACGGUGCUGUUCAUAUUUUAGAAAGACGUUGUAAAUUGGAUGUGGAUGCACCAAGACUACUGAAAAAGAUCGCAGGAGUUGAUUACAUCUACUUCGUCCAAAAGAAUUCACUGAACAGACGGGAGAGGACUUUGAAGAUAGAAGCCUUCAAUGAAACCUUUGCCAACAGAGUUGUCAUCAAUGAAUUUUGCUGUUACACUGUUCACCAAGAUAUUGAAGAUUGGACUUGCUUUGAACAAUCAGCAAGUCUUGACAUCAAGUCUUUUUUUGGUUUUGAAAGUACCGUUGAGAAAAUAGCAAUGAAGCAUUACACCAGCAGUAUUAAAAAGGGGAAGGAAAUAAUUGAAUAUUACCUGAAACAAUUAGAGGAAGAAGGAAUUACUUCUGUACCACGGUGGACCCCGACUGUUAGUAAUCUAGAAAUGCCAGUUCCUAUCCAGAAACUGGCCUCAUCCCCAGCAAUGGCCAUACCUGGCAGAGGUGACGCUGUUGGAAAGGAAGGACAUAAUAACAAAGACCUAAUUACUGCCUCCAACAAUUCACCUGAUCCUCUCACAGGAACACCAGAUGAUAAACUGGAAGCUGAUUACAUUGAGCGAUAUUUGGGUGAUUUGACACCACUACAAGAGAGCUGUCUCAUUAGGCUUCGAACAUGGCUGCAGGAAACACACAAAGGCAAGAUACCAAAAGAUGAGCAUAUUCUGCGAUUUCUAAGAGCACGUGACUUUAAUAUUGAUAAAGCACGAGAGCUUCUGUGCCAGUCUCUGACAUGGCGCAAACAGCACAAAGUAGAUUACCUUUUAGAUACCUGGACACCACCUCAAUUUCUGCAUGAUUAUUAUACAGGGGGCUGGCAUCACCACGACAAAGAUGGACGACCCCUAUAUAUUUUGCGUUUGGGGCAAAUGGAUACCAAAGGUCUUGUCAGGGCCCUUGGAGAGGAGGCGUUGCUUCGACAUGUUUUGUCUAUCAAUGAAGAAGGAUUAAGACGAUGUGAAGAAAACACAAAUGUGUUUGGAAGACCCAUCAGUUCCUGGACAUGCUUGGUAGAUUUAGAAGGUUUGAAUAUGAGACAUCUUUGGCGUCCUGGUGUUAAAGCACUCUUGAGAAUCAUUGAAGUGGUUGAAGCUAACUAUCCAGAAACAUUGGGUCGACUUUUAAUUCUCAGAGCACCUAGAGUGUUUCCAGUGCUUUGGACUUUGGUCAGUCCAUUCAUCGAUGACAACACAAGAAAGAAAUUCCUAAUCUACGCAGGAAAUGAUUACCAGGGACCUGGAGGACUGGUGGAUUACAUAGACAAAGAAAUCAUCCCUGAUUUCCUUGGCGGAGAAUGUGUGUGUGAGGUUCCAGAAGGUGGUCUCAUUCCCAAGUCAAUGUAUAGGACAGCAGAAGAACUUGAUAAUGAUGACAUCAGGCUUUUGACAGAAACUAUUUACCAAUCUGCAAGCGUUUUCAAAGGAUCACCUCAUGAGAUAUCAAUUGAAAUUGUGGAAUCCUCUUCUGUGAUAACCUGGGAUUUUGAUGUAGUAAAAGGUGACAUUGUUUUUAACAUCUAUCACUCAAAGAGAGCACCUCAGCUUCCCAAAAAAGAUACUCUUGGGGCCCAUGGGAUAACGUGUCCUGGGGGCAAUAAUGUGCAACUGAUCGAAAAAUCAUGGCAACUGGGAAUGGACUAUAGCAUGGUUGAAUCUCCGUUCAUCUGUAAAGAAGGAGAAAGUGUACAGGGAUCACAUGUAACAAGAUGGCCUGGUUUCUACAUUCUGCAAUGGAAGUUUUACAAUAUGCCUUCCUGUGCUACAACCAACCUGCCUCGUGUGGAUGAUGUACUGGCAACCUUACAGGUUUCUUCACAUAAGUGUAAAGUCAUGUAUUACACGGAGGUCAUAGGAUCAGAGGAUUUCAGGGGCUCGAUGACCAGUCUUGAGUCCAGUCACAGUGGAUUCUCCCAGCUCAGUGCUGCUACCACAUCUUCCAGCCAGUCACACUCCAGCUCUAUGAUCUCCAGGUAGUGACACAGAAUGCCAGCAAUCAAAAGUACAAGGCAGGACCAUUAUAUUGAUGGCAGCUGAUUGGAAUGAUGGUGCAUCUUUGAAAAUAUAUGUAUAUAUAUAUAUUUAACUCUACUAAUGGAAUCAGCACAAUCAGCUCAUUUCAGUUCUUUGUAUUUUAGUUUUCUCCUUCACUUAUGUAUCCCCGUGUAUCCAUAAUUUACAAUCAAGAGAUUUGUGAAAUACAUUCACCGUUUUUCAUCUUUUAGUCAAAUGCCAUGAAGAUGUAAAUGUUUACAGCACUGUAGUUUCUAAUAAGAUAUACUGCUUUUUUUUUUAAGUACUGUACUCUGAAACCUGUCUGCUCUGGAAAUAGUUACUGAAUCCUUGUGGAAUGACUUACUUUAGGAUUGUGUUCAUAUAAUGCAUUGAAAAAGCACAAAGUUUAAAGAAUCGAAUAUAUUGUACUUAUUUUGAAUUUAUCACUUAAAAAAAUAAUAGUUGUAAAAAAUUAAAGUUUAUAAUGUGAAUUGUUACAAGCACACAGAUAUGGAUGGUGUAGCUUUUACACUAAAUUGGAAGAAUAGAUUCUUAUAAGCAUGAUGUAGUUUUCUUCAUAUUUAAAACCAUUGUUAUAACCUGCUUAAACAUAGUCAAAUCUAAACAUUUCAUCUUUGUUAAAGAGCUGAUCUUUAACUAACAAUUUUUCUGUAUAAUUUCUUUAUAUGAUUUAUUUAUCUAUGUUUAAUGUCCUAACACCAGUCGUGUUCUCAUGACAUGAAAUCAUUGUCUUGACAUUUCCGUUCUGUCUACCUGUAAUGGUAUGUUACAUAUCAAUCUUUGUUUUUGGAGCAAUACGUGUUACCACUGGGUUGGUAACAAGUUAUUCAAAUAUUCCUUAGAUAGUUUCUUUUUAAAUUAAUAAACUUCGAAACUGAUAUGUUAUUA